GAUGUCAACGGCUGCGUAUGAAUCUCGGGAAGCCCCAACCAUCUCCAAACUGGAAUCGGAGUGGAACUCCUGCAACGGAAAAGAGGGAAGAACAUCUGCUUCUUUUUCAUCAGUCCAUAAACACACAAUCAAUUAACCAUCAAUCCCUUCUUCCAGUUUCAAAAUUUGGGGGAGAAGAGGGUUGAGAAUAACCAUAACAACGGCGAAGAAGAAGCAAAAGGAAGGACAUGAAGAGGCAUCAUCGUAAUACAUCGUCUAUUUUUCCCACUUUAAUAGUAAUCUAUGGCAUGUUCUUCUUUAUUCAGUCGCUCACAGCAAGCGCAGCGGGAUCUCUCACCUCCUGCGACGACAUAUCUGUACCAGUAAUGAUUAAAAUUUGGGUGAAUGGUGUUGAAGGCCAAAAAUUAGAGGGUCAAAGUGCAACAUUUAGUGCAAAAAUUGCGGAAACAGCAGAUGGAGUUGCUAAACAGUCUGUUGUAGUACCAAAUCCCUCAAAUUGCUGUUCCAAUCUGUCCUCACAGUUAAAUGGGUAUACCGCGUUGGCCCCGCGUGGUGAUUGUGACUACCUGGUCAAAGCAAAAGUGGCACAGGCGGGAGGUGCAGCAGGCCUUGUGGUCAUAAGUGAUACUCAAGAUAUUGUGGAGAUGAGUUGCUCUGAAAAAAGUGGGUUGGACAUAAAUAUUCCUGUUGUUAUGAUCUCAAAGCUGGGAGGAGAUGCUUUGAAUAAAUCUCUAUCUGGUGGAGGCAAAGUGGAAGUUGUAGUAUAUGCACCAAAAAGCCCACUGAUUGACCCUGCAGCAGCAUUUUUAUGGUUGAUAGCAGUUGGAACAAUAGUCUGUGCUUCACUUUGGUCUGAUAUCACUAAAAUUAAUCACACCAAUGAACCCUACAACCAGCUCUCACCAAAGGUUGAGGAGGAGGAGGAGAACGAAAUUAUUGAGAUGAGCACAAUGAGCGCUGUAGUAUUUGUGAUUACAGCAUCAACCUUUUUGGUGCUGCUCUAUCUGUUUAUGUCAUCUUGGUUCAUCUGGCUGCUCAUUGUAUUUUUCUGCAUUGGAGCUGUUGAGGGGAUGCAUUCUUGUAUAGUGGCACUCUUAAAAAGCAAAUGUAGAAGUUGUGGACAAAAGGCAGUAAAUGUGCCAUUUUUUGGGACGACAACUGUCAUGUCCCUAUUGGUGCUUUUAUUUUGUAUGGCAUUUGCAAUUUUCUGGGUAUGGACUCGAAAGGAAUCGUAUUCUUGGGUCGGUCAAGACAUUUUGGGAAUCUGUUUGAUUAUAGCAGUGUUGCAGUUAGCACAACUACCCAAUAUUAAGGUUGCUACAGUGCUUCUUUGUUGUGCAUUUGCAUAUGACAUCUUCUGGGUUUUCAUAUCACCCAUUUUCUUCCAUGACAGCGUUAUGAUUUCGGUGGCUGCAGGUGAUAGCAGCAGUGGAGAAACUAUCCCUAUGGUUUUGAGGUUUCCACGAAUGUUUGAUCCUUGGGGAGGAUAUAGUAUAUUAGGUUUUGGGGAUAUUCUUUUUCCAGGCCUGCUUCUCUCAUUUACUGUUAGGUUUGACAAAGCAAAAAAGAAGACUUGGCAUGAUGGUUAUUUUCUAUGGUUGGCGAUUGGAUAUGCAUGUGGCCUGUUGCUAACGUACUUGGGAUUGUACCUGAUGAACGGACAUGGUCAACCUGCUCUGCUCUAUCUCGUUCCUUGUACAUUAGGAACUUGUAUCAUACUGGGCUUGGUGAGAGGUGAGCUAAAAGAACUUUGGAAUUAUAAUAAUAGUGCAAAUGAAUACAAGCAAACCCCUGGAGGAGAGGAACAAGCUUGAUAUCAUAUCUACUUGCACUCCGUGGAGAGACAAUCAACUUAUUAUCUAUUACAUACAUACCCCGUGUCUAUGCUUCAUCCACAUCCACAUCUUGUGUUUCGUUUUAUAGCAAUAUAUUAUAACAUGGAACUGUUUGUAGAUUUGUCCUUUUGGCUGUUUUGGAUCUAAUGUUCUUAGUUAUGCAGCAUCUUAUUCUUUGCUUUA